CCUCCCGCAGGGCCAGGCGUGGACGCCGCCGGACCGCUGAGACUUGUAAGGGACAGUGAGGCGCUGGCCGGCGUCGGGCGGGAGCCGGCUCACCGGAGCGAGAUGGAGGCGGCGAGAGGGGACGCGGGGACCGGCGCGGAGUAGCAGACAGAACCCCCGGCUCGAACUCCGCCUGGCGCUGCGCGGGGGCGCGGCGGGCAGGGCCCUUGGGGUUGCCAUGGAGGUGCCUAAUGUCAAAGACUUCCAGUGGAAGCGCCUGGCGCCACUGCCCAGCCGCCGGGUCUACUGCUCCCUGCUGGAGACCGGGGGACAGGUCUAUGCCAUCGGGGGAUGUGACGACAAUGGCGUCCCCAUGGAUUGCUUUGAGGUCUACUCCCCCGAGGCCGACCAGUGGACUGCCCUGCCCCCCCUGCCCACAGCCCGGGCCGGGGUGGCUGUCACCGCCCUAGGGAAACGGAUCAUGGUGAUCGGGGGUGUGGGCACCAAUCAGCUGCCCCUGAAAGUCGUGGAGAUGUACAGUAUUGAUGAGGGCAAGUGGAAGAAGAGGAGCAUGCUGCGUGAGGCUGCCAUGGGCAUUUCUGUCACGGCCAAAGAUUACCGAGUGUACGCAGCAGGCGGGAUGGGCCUGGAUCUCCGUCCACACAACCACCUCCAACACUAUGACAUGCUGAAGGACAUGUGGGUGUCCUUAGCACCCAUGCCCACCCCAAGAUAUGCUGCCACCUCAUUCCUCCGAGGCACCAAGAUCUAUGUGCUGGGGGGACGACAGUCCAAGUAUGCCGUCAAUGCCUUCGAGGUCUUUGACAUUGAGACUCGCUCCUGGACCAAGUUCCCCAACAUCCCCUGUAAGCGGGCCUUCUCCAGCUUUGUGACUCUGGACAACCACCUGUACAGCCUGGGAGGCUUGCGGCAAGGUCGUCUCUACCGGCAGCCCAAGUUCCUGCGGACAAUGGAUGUAUUUGACAUGGAACAGGGGGGAUGGCUGAAGAUGGAACGCUCAUUCUUCCUCAAGAAGCGGCGGGCAGACUUCGUGGCUGGCUCUCUAAGUGGACGGGUCGUAGUGGCAGGAGGACUUGGGAACCAGCCCACUGUUCUGGAGACAGCAGAAGCAUUCCACCCAGGGAAGAACAGAUGGGAGGUCCUCCCGGCCAUGCCCACGCCCCGCUGUGCCUGCUCCAGCAUUGUCAUCAAGAACUGCCUCCUUGCUGUGGGGGGUGUUACCCAGGGUCUGAGUGACGCUGUGGAGGCCCUGUGUGUCUCUGACUCCUAGCUGUGCCAGCCCUGCACCUUUGCCCUGGACUGUAUCACUCCUCUCUUGACAUGAGGAAUGGUCUUAUCAAAGCAGUUUGGACUCCUUCCCAGGAUGGCAGCUCCUAUUAGCAGGGUCAGGCCCUGGGGCUUUCAGUGACCUUCUUCCACUCCUAAACACUAAGUCCCAGAAAAG